UAUCGUCAGUUGAAGUCAAAAUGAAAUUCGCUUCUGCAACGGUACUCUUGUUGGCCGCCGUGAUCGGCGCCAACGCCCACGUGGACUGGAGUUCAGUUAAGUCUAUGGACAUCGAGGUAGAAGUGCCUAUGCUUCGUCGCUAUGGUAUUCCCGAUGGUCGCAUUACCAAGGGCAAACUAGCUGAGCCCGGUCAGUUCCCGUACCAGGUGGGUCUAAUGCUCUACGUUGACGGAGGUGCUGCCUGGUGCGGUGGCUCCUUGAUUAGUGAUCGUUGGGUCGUUACCGCCGCUCACUGCACUGACUCUCUAACCACCGGUGUGGAUGUCUAUUUGGGUGCCUGGAAUCGCUUAAACAAGGCGGAGGAAGGACAACAGAUCGUUUUUGUUGAGACCAAAAAUGUGAUUGUCCACGAGAACUGGGAGCCAACAACCCUCAGCAAUGACAUCUCACUGAUCAAACUGCCCGUUCCGAUUGAAUUCAAUGAGCGCAUUCAGCCCAUCAAGCUUCCCGCCAAGACAAGCAAGGCCAACACAUACGCCGGUCAACAGGGAAUUGCUUCCGGAUGGGGCAGGACCAGCGACUCCGCUGCCGGUGCUACCGACAUUCUUCAGUUCAUCGAAGUGCCCAUCAUGAACAAUUCGGGCUGCUCUCCCUGGUUCGGAGGUGUCAUUGGAGAUGCCCAAAUCUGCAUCAAGACCACUGGAGGCACAUCUAUUUGCAACGGCGACUCUGGCGGUCCAUUGGUGUCAGCAGAGACCAAGGAAUUGAUUGGUGCCACAUCCUUUGGCAUUGCUCUUGGCUGCGAGAAGGGCUGGCCAGGUGUAUUCACCCGCAUCAGCUCCUACCUGGACUGGAUCGAGAAGCACAGUGGUGUGACCAACAAGGGUUUCUAAAUGUUGUAUUUGCUUAACUUAAAAUAAAAGUUUAUUCUCUUGCACAUUU